AUGAAAUAUUCAGCUUUUAGAAGUUCUUUAAGGUUUGCUACUAAGUUUUGCCAGAACAAUAACUAUAAGUUAUAUAUGAAUAGCGUGCCUCAGUUCUCAACCUUUGCAUAUGGAAAGAAUAUAAAAACAAAUCCUUUAACAAGCAGAUUAGAUGAUUUGUUAAAAAAAAAUAGUAACUUGAUAAGUAUAAUAAGUUUAAAUGGAUUAGAUGAUUUAAUUACACAAUCAUCAAAAAUUG